UGGACCUUGCCUUUCAUCCCCAUCCACAAUGUUCUCCAGAGCCACCAUCCGUACGUUCUCCACCUCUACCGUUGCCAUGGGCAAGAAGGUUUUCUUCACCCCAUCGAUCAACGGUCAGAUCCAGCCAAGAAUCGAGUUCGAAUUGUACGACGACGUCGUUCCAAAGACCGCUGAAAACUUCCGUGCCUUGUGCACCGGUGAAAAGGGCUUCGGUUACGCCAAGUCCAGCUUCCACAGAGUUAUCCCGCAGUUCAUGUUGCAGGGCGGUGACUUUACCCGCGGUAACGGUACCGGUGGUAAAUCCAUCUACGGCGAAAAAUUCGCCGAUGAGAACUUCGCCAAGAAGCACACCAAGCCGGGUUUGUUGUCCAUGGCCAACGCUGGUCCGAACACCAACGGGUCCCAGUUCUUCAUCACUACCAUUGCCACCCCGUGGUUGGACGGUGCUCACGUCGUUUUCGGUGAAGUCACUAAGGGUUAUGAAACCGUCGAGGCCAUCGAGGCCGUUGGCUCCCAGUCCGGUGCUACCAGAGCCCGCGUCGUCAUUGAAGAGUGUGGUGAGUUGUAAGUAAUUCCUAUGAACAGUUUGAAUCAAUUUAAUGAUAUACCGAUAAGUGUAAGGAGGUGAUAUUUUAAAAAGAGAAAGAAAGCUGUAAGAGGCGAUUUCCGCUAAAGACAGUGAAGAUAUGG